GGUUCGGGGGCUCAGAGGGUGAUAAGUGGGGUUUGAGGGGGGAUGAAAGGGUUGGGGGCUAUGCAUGAGACCCCUUCCCCAGUCUGGGUGCAGCCCAGUCACCUCCUCCUCCCCUUCCUCAGUGCCAGGAGCUCCGGGGUUUCAUCCGGCCGCUGGCGGAGCUGCUGGAGGGGCUGCGGCGGGGCCGGUACGACAGAGGCCUGAGCAGCUUCCAACAGAGCGUGGCCAUGGACCGGCUCCAGCGGAUCAUCGGGGUUCUGCAGAAGCCAGAAAUGGGCGCCCGGUACCUGAGGACGCUGCUGCAGGUGGAGGCGAUGCUGAGGCUCUGGUUCCCCCACGUCGCCCCCAAACCCGUGCUGGACCCGGUUCCCCCCGCAGCUCCCCAGCGGCGCCGCCCCCCCGCCGGUCCCCCCGGGGCUCCCCGGUGCCGCCGCUUGCCCGGAGACCUCCCCGGGGAUCUCCCCACCCUCGCCAGCCCCGCGGGGACGUUACAGCAGCACGGAUCCCCCCCGUGCCAGGCCGGGAUCCCCGAAUCCCCUCCGGCGCCGGACGUGUGACGCCCCCCCCGGCUCGAGGGGGGGGGGAAGAUGUCAUGUGCAUUUCUUGGUUUUGCCUUUUUUGAUUUUUUUUUUUUUUAACCUGUGGUCAGUGAGACCCGCGGGCGGGCGGGACUGACCUGGGGGGGCACCGAAGCUCCCCCAGAAGCCCCAACCCCGGGGCGGCCGCGUGCCUUGGCCAGAGCGGAGCCCGGGCCCUCCCGGGCUUGUGCCUUCCCCCGUGGCUUGGGGCGGUCGGGGGCGAGUGCGGCCCCCCGGAGCGGUGGUAGGCGGCUGAGGGGUGGAGAUGCGGAUCCCCGAGUGGGGAUAUCCCACAGCCGGCCCUGCUGGAAGCAAUAAACGCCGCAGGAGCGGC